GCUCGGCCAGGCCCGGGGCUGCCGUCCCUCCCAUCGGGGCGGGGACGGGCCGCGUAGAUACCGGGAAAGCUCCUGCCCAAGUUUCGAUUGUGGUAGCAGCAGCCGCGGCCAUGGCGGAGUCGGGAUUGUCAGUGCUGGAGGAAGAACUGACCUGCUCCAUCUGCCUCUGCCUCUUCAGCAGCCCCGUGACCGUACCCUGCGGGCACAACUUCUGCGCCUCCUGCCUGCAGCGCUUUUGGGCCGGGGUGUCGGAGAACUUCAGCUGCCCGCAGUGCCGGGCUACUUUCAUGGGCCGCCCGCAGCUGCAGAAGAACACGGUGCUGUGCCGGCUGGUGCAGCAGCUCCAGGGCUGCACCGAGGCCGAGGAAGAGAAGGAGGAGGAGAAGGAAGAGGGCCCUGUGCUCUGCGACACCUGCCUGCAGGCACCCGCCGUGCGGACCUGCCUCACCUGCACCGCGUCCUUCUGCGAAGAGCAUCUGCGGCCGCACCAGGAGAGCCGGGCCUUCCGCGACCACCAGCUCUGCCCGCCGCUGCGCGACCUGCAGCAGCGCAAGUGCCCGCAGCACAACAAGCUCUUCGAGUUCUUCUGCAGCCAGCACGGCAGCUGCAUCUGCUCCCUCUGCCUCCUCGGACACAAGUUGUGCAACACCAGCCCCCUGGAGCUGGCCAAAGCCAGUGCCGAGGCGGCACUGAAGAAGAGACUCACAGAGCUGUAUAAUCAGAAUGAAAAAGCUACUCGGGCAAUGAACACUUUGAGAAUGAACCAAGGCCAAGCUGCUGAGACAAUUUCCAAACAGAAGGAUAUGAUCCUAAGUAAGUUUUCAGAAAUUAAAGCUUUAAUUGAAGAAAGAGAAAUUCAGAUCUUGAAAGCAGUUGCAGAUGAAGAAAACAGAGUUUCAAGUAAGUUUGAAUAUAUUUAUGGCAUUCUGGGAAGUAAGAAGAAUGAAAUUCAGACUCUCUCUGAUCAGAUUGAGAUGGCACUGACUGAAGUUGAUGACCUUCUGUUUUUGAAGAGAGCAACAGCACUACAAAAAACAUCAAUAAAAGAUGCUUUUGUUCCUGUGGUUGAAAUAGACCAAAACAUGAUACAGUCCUCUUACCAGUCUGCCGUUAACCUUAAAGACACUGUGAAACUUUCAGUGAUGCCAUCUGAGGAGAAAAAUGUGGAAGCAGGAGAAACACCUGGAAAAACUAAGGCCCCUCCUGGGGCUCCUCGAAACAAAAACGUAAAAAAGCCUGCAGGACCGCAGCAUACCCACAAAGAGAACACCCCUCAGCAGACCCAAGCCACUUUGCCAGGGGAGGCAGACAGCAAGGAGAAAAAGAAACCUGCUAAAGCUGCACCAGCCACGGGAACACCAACUGCUGCAGCUGCCGUCCAAGUUAAAGAGCUUCUUGACAUCUUCCUGAAGAAAUCCAGAGAGGAGCUUUUGCAGUAUGCUGCUAACGUCACGCUGGAUUACAACACAGCUCAUAACAAAGUGAUUCUGUCUGACAGACACACCAAGAUGUCUGUCUCAGACACCCCCAUGAAGUAUAACCAGCUCCCUCAGCGCUUCACUGAUUGUUACCAAGUGCUGGGGUUCCAGUCCUUCAAGAGAGGCGUUCACUACUGGGAAGUGGAAAUGCAACAGAACAACUUCUGUGGCAUUGGCAUCUGCUAUGGCAGCAUGGAGCGGAACGGGCCGGAGAGCCGCCUGGGCCGGAACAGCCGUUCUUGGUGUAUUGAGUGGUUUAAUAACAAAAUAUCGUCCUGGCAUAAUGAUGUUGAAAAGUGCUUACCCAAUACAAAGGCUACCAAGAUUGGUGUGCUGCUCCACUGCGAGGCAGGGUUUGUGAUUUUCUUGGCUGUGGGGGAGAAGCAUAACUUGAUCUAUAAAUACAAAACCGAGUUUACUGAAGCCCUGUACCCUGCCUUCUGGUUAUUUUCCAGUGGCACUGUUCUGACUCUCUGCCAACUAAAAGAGUAAGGUCUCAUAUCUUAAUUAAGUUUGCCUAAGUACUUCCAUGCAGAUAAUCAGGCCUGUAGCAGCUCUUUGUGUAUCUCAGUCUAAGGAAUGAAAAUUAUUAGGUCUUUUAAGCAGUUUGGGAAAUCUGCUGAUUCUUUGGUCUAAAUUGCUGAAGUAGUUAGAUAGUGAUACAGUAAAAUGAUGAUAGUAAAAACUGGGAUGAAAGGUUUUGAAAAGACCUUGAUUGUCCUUCUAAAAAGAUAUAAAUUGUUGUUAAAUGUCUUCAGUAGCUGCUGUGACUUUUGUGGCUUGUUGUAAAGGAUCCCCAGAAUUAGUUUUCAGAUCUAAAUGUGUUUCACAGGUAGCAAUAACCCCUUUGAGAAAGAAACAGGAAGAAUUCCUUGACAAAUUCAGGUUCCAAGCUUUGAGGCAGAUCUCGGUGUUGCCUUUUUCUCUGUCCUCAGACUGUUGCCCAUAGUCAGGAUUUGCAAUACACAUGUUCUGGUGUAUGAAUCCAUGAGAUGGCACAGGCUGAGCUGUUAAGUAAGUUACAGUUUUAUGACACUAAGUUAUAAAAUCUCAUCAGAAUGGAAAUGCAGAGAUUCUAGACUUGACAGGGAAGAAAUCGUGUCAGAAUCACCAGGAAGUACCAUCAGCAUCAACUCUGAGACUGGGAAUAUGCCAGAGAAUCUUCAGGAAGACAUCCUGCAGAGCAGUAGCCUGUGCCCUGUGAUAAUGCAGUUUGUGGGUUGAAGCAUUCUGUCUCAUGUUCUGAGCCAGCACAUGCUUCAGAUCUUCACACUGAAGGCUCUUCAGUUCUGUUUUUUUUUUGUGUGCUGAGGAGUUCAGGGAGAGCAUUUUUGGCUUGCAUAGGGAGCACAAAUGUGCUGUUCACUUAAAGCAGGGUCUCCUGUGUGUCUUUCCUCUUUGUGAGGUGGGAUAUUCUCUGCUGGUGUAUCUUCAGUUGUUCAUAUGGUAGAAACUGGAUUUUCUACAUGUUAUUGGGACUCUGACUGGAGGAGCCUCAAGACAGUGUGCACACUACCUAGAAAAUGCUGCUUCUUCUCUGCAUGAAGCCUAUGGGCAGAUAAGUGGGUCUUCUAAAACAUACAGGGAAUUAGAACAAAGGAGAAUACCCAUCCAUUCCCCCUGGGAUGGAUUUUUAAUUCUCCUGGUGUUCCUUGCUUUGGGUUGUGGUACGUUUUCAGAAGUCCUCACCAUGUACAGAAGAAUCUGCACUUCUUAUGACUUUAAAAGAAUCAGUAGGCAAGCAAGGUAUUUGGAUCUCAUAGUUACUGGGCCUGUAUCUUGUUGAUGCCUCUGGACUUACUAUGCUAGCUCUUAUUUCUUACAGUAGCCCAGGAAGAACAUUCUUGAAGCAGAGUAUUCUUGGACUCUGAUUUGUAAAACUUCCCCUUAUGGGACCUGGUGAAAUAGAACAUAAAGCUACUGCUGGCAGUUUGGAAGGGACUUGUUAGGAAGCUCAGAACUCCUGUCCAUUUCACAUUAGCCAAAGUACUUUAGAGAGAGACUUGCAGGAAUUCAGGUUUGGUGUCUCUAUUUUUACUUGGUUUGUAAACUCUUAGUACUUUGUCAAGGAUAGCAGGAAUCUGAUGAGUUGCUUCCUUUUGCCCAUCCUUUCUUUGGCCAGAAUAGGAUAUGGAACUGGUGAUGGACCUGAAAGUGCCAGGGCUGUCUUUGGAGUAGUUGUACUAUCUCAAGGGUCUCAGCUUUCCAAAGCACACCCAGCACUAAAACGAAGCAGAACACUUCAAAAGGUGUGGGAGGAGGAUGUGCACUGAUACGAGCCAGCAAUGAAUGCAAAACCUUUUUCCCUGAACUUCCAGUUUUUCAGCAGUGAGGGACAAGAGCAGUUUCCUCUGAGAAAUCCUGUCCCUUCAGCUGCUUGGCUGUGGCACAGUGCUGCAGAUCCCUCAGCAGGGUCCUGGAAGAGCACUCUGUCUCCUUGGCCAUGAGGAAAAACGUGCUCUGAUGGUUUCUGCAGUGGAGAAAGUCCACAUUUCCUGUUGCUUGCUUCUUGACUUUUAAGGGGUGUUAAUGAUAAACUCUAAGUCUAUGAGCUUUUUUAGCCAUACUCUGGAGUGAUACUCCAGCGAAGUUAAGAGCAGCUUUUAUUCUGCCAUGCUGGACAAGGUGGGAUUCUUUAAAUGUGGUCUUCGUGUAUGACCAACAGCACAUAACACAAGAGGGGUUUUGGAUUACCACAGGCAGUGAACCAAGCCUGAUGCUGUAUUCCCGAUGCUCCUUUUUGUUUUCUCUUGUGCUGUGAAUCACUGGAAAUGAUGGAACAAGGUUCUGUUGAUUUGGAAUUAAAUGAGAAAUGAAUAACUGAAUCACUGCACUCCUGAAAACUUACUUUGGUUAGCUUUGGAUAUCUUGGAUAUAUGGAAAUGGGGAUGAUUAACAUUAGAAACAUUAGCUACAACAUGAUAAAUAAUGAAUGGUUCAAAAGCCUCUUCAGCACAAGUGAAGUGUUAUUACUCUGCUAGUAACUAUGUAAGCUGUCCUGGUUUUAAACAAGAUAUAGAUUCAAGCAUAUAUUUUAAUUAUACUCCUGUUAGUCUAGAAAAAAACCCUAAUCCUGGUAUUAAUGAAGCCAUGAGAUUUAUAAUGAUUUGCAUAUUAACAUACAAGCUAGAGUAAAUGGAGAAAUGCUUGCCCACAAAAUACAGUGAUCUGUUUAAAUUUAAUCUUUUCUUCAAUGAGACACAACAGUGAUGUACUGCAGUAUAGAAAAAUAAAUGCUUAUGCAAUUAUAGACCUGUUGAUUGUACUGAUAUAUCAGCUAUGUACUUCAUAUAUACACAUAUACUUCAGUAAGUAUACUAUAUGUUAGUUCACGUAGAUGUGUCAGCUAGACAUCCUUAUGAGGGCCACAGACAGAGUUUAUGCCAUCUGUUCUAUGACUGUGCCUGUAACUGUUGUAGAAGCUGUUGAUCUUUUUAGCUCUAACGUGAAUUAAUAGUUGUACUCUGAAUUCAAUAAAUACUCAUAGUAAACCCUAA